UGUUAAUUACAGAAAUCGUACGCCUCAAGUGACAAACAAAGCAACUUUAUAGGAUAUUUUUUGAUAUGAAAAAUAAGUAGAGUCUUGUUUUUCUCUCCGUAGUUUUGCAUUUAAUGGAAGUUAAUUAAUUCAGCGAUAAAGAAAAGAGAAAAAAUGUUAUAACUAGUGACGUAAAAAGAUUACUUAGAUAAUAAUCGCGACUGCAAGAAAUUGAAAAUAAUAAAAAAUUCAAAUGAGAGCCGGUAGUUUGCAAGUUCCGCACAUCGUUGUUACAGAAGAUCGUGAGUUCAAACAAUUUCCACCGAUAGAAAUAAAAGUUGAAGGUGUCAGUAGUGAAUCAGACAAUGAAGAUGAAGACGAGAUUCCAACGAGAACGCGACUACGGCCAGGUUUACGACCGAACUCUAUUAGGAGUCAACAAGAGCUUGUUGUGACUUUUAUGGUCAUUUGGUGGUUGCUUCUAUUAUUGAUAACACGUUUUCAUUUUGAAUUUCAAAGUGUCAUAUUACAACAUUUUCCUUUCUUCAUCUGGUAUCGUUUUAGUGUCUGCAAAUUAUCUGACAAAAAUAGGGCCGACAGGCUUGCACGCCCAAGAAUGUCUCUCCUGGGCAAACCACUCAACUACAAUCGCGGUGCUCGCCGUGAUGCCCGAUAUCGACGACUGCAGAGUAGAAUCUAUAACUUCUUGGAGCGACCGAGGGGAAAGCUUGCAGUUGUUUAUCACGUUUUGGUUUUUUUAAUGGUAUUCACGUGUUUAGUCCUAAGUGUCUUCUCAACGAUUCAGGAAUAUGAGGAUCAAGCAAUUUCUUUACUAUUCACAAUGGAAAUUAUCGUAGUGAUAUGGUUUUUAAUAGAAUUUGCCCUGAGAACUAAUUAUGCUUUUAUUUCAUUAGACAUUGUCACAAUAGCAGCUUCAUUAGUUGUGAUAGCAAUGGGGACAUCAGGACAAGUGUUUGCUACAAGUGCACUUCGUGGUCUACGCUUCUUCCAAAUCCUCCGUAUGGUUCGAAUGGAUCGACGUGGCGGAACUUGGAAACUUCUUGGAAGUGUUGUCUAUGCACACAGACAAGAGCUAAUAACAACACUUUACAUAGGAUUUCUUGGCCUUAUAUUCGCAUCGUUCUUAGUUUAUUUAAUGGAAAAAGACGUAGAGCCAAAAGAUAAAAAUAAGUUCAAUAAUUUCGCUCAAGCACUUUGGUGGGGUGUGAUAACAUUAUGUACAGUGGGCUAUGGUGAUGCAGUGCCAACGACGUGGCAAGGGAAAAUUAUUGCAUCAUUUUGUGCACUACUCGGAAUUUCGUUCUUCGCAUUACCCGCAGGAAUUCUCGGAAGUGGAUUUGCUUUGAAAGUACAACAGCAACAAAGACAAAAGCACAUGAUUCGACGACGUCAGCCAGCGGCAACAUUAAUUCAAUCGCUUUGGCGCUGCUAUGCAGCGGAUGAACAUUCUCUGUCUGAAGCGACUUGGAAAAUUCAUCAAGUGCCAUUGCCUUCCCCACCGCCAUCCUAUAGAUUUAACUCAAUAUCGCUUCUUAGACGAGCGUCUUCGAGCUUCAAACACAAUGCAUCGUUCGUAGCGCGACUUCCAACUAUUCGAAGACACAAGAGCCAAUCGUUACAUUCACCAGGCAACCUCAAACCAGCUGGAGGAAGCCAAAGAGGUCGACCGAAUCAAUAUCCAAGACCAAUGAACGAGAUUAAUAAUUCAGCUGAGAAUCUCGAUGUGACAAACAAUGGAAGACCAAUGAACGCGAGUUUGUCAGAAGAUUCCGUUGCUGAAACUGCUCUAGCCAAAAAGAAUUCCGAUGCAAUUCCUGUUGAAAGACGUAAAGAACUGAAAAAUACGAAUGUCCAACUGUCAGCCAAUGAUUUUAAUUUCUCGACAUUAGCCAAUCGAAGAUGGAGUAACAUGUUUUUUCUGUCACCCUGUCGUCGUCAUCGUCGACGAAAAAAUUUAGAUAUCGGCAGCAACACAAACACAAGUAGUAGUACUGAAAAUAGUAAUAACAAUUUAAUGACGCGCUCGAGUUCGAGUCACAGCAGCUAUGAGACCACGAUCCAUAAUGAUAAGCUUCUUCUAUGCGAUGAUAUGACACGUACCGAAAUUGGAGCAAUUUCGGCGGCACUGCCUGCUAUGCUUUGUGGUUUCUCUGGUCAUAAUGUUGUGUGCAACACGCAUAAUCUUCAAGCAAUCGCUUGUAGUGAUCCAAAGAAUUCCAUUGAUGACAAUGCUGAGCAUAUUGCCGUGGCUAAUAUUGAUGAAGACGAAGAGCCUCGCUGUGUUCAGCUAACGAAUCAACACAAGGGAGCGAUACGGUUCAUUCGAAAGAUGAAGUAUUUCGUAGCUCGACGUAAGUUUAAGGAAGCUUUAAAGCCGUAUGACGUAAAAGAUGUGAUGGAACAAUACGCUGCCGGUCAUGUCGAUCUUCUUGGACGUGUAAAGAACGUUCAAACUAGCAAUCGUCAAGUUGACGACGUGGAAACAAAAUUAGAUAAUUUAAUUGAGCUAUACAUGCAGGAUAGGAAGCGAUUACUUUCGCUUCCAAUUUGUCCUGAUUCACAUUCCAGUAAUCUUCCGCCAUUGCCACCAAAUCCGCCAAGCGGUGCUGCUCCAAUCAUUAACAAUAACUCAUCAAUUAAUAGUAACGCUAAUUACGGUGCUAGUAGUAGUGGAUCACUCAAGCAGCCUAAACCAAUUUUAGUUGAUAAACAGUCGUCAGAGCCAAAUUCACCCAUCGCUAAAGGCUUUGACGAUCAACAACUACAAAACCAACAGUCACGUCCACCAAUACAUCGCGGAUAUUCUGAUUUAGGAAAUCGGAUGAAGAAGCGCGUGACAAUGAGCAGUUCAGUUCCACCUCAAUAUGUGAGUCAUAUGGAGCAGAAUGAUUGUGUUGGCAGUAGUGGCGAUGUUGUGAUAGUCGUUCCCGAGGGUACACGAUCAGAUUCUCAUUCUCAUCAAAUCUGUAUCGACGCUGAAGCCGAUAUGGAGCCAAACAGUCCGAAGACAAUGACUGAAAGUUCAAUGAUUAUGGAUGAAGAAGAACUUGAAGAUUUAUAUGAAGAAGACCUCGAUAUAGGAACGGAAAUCGAUCCUGAUUCUCCCCCUUGGGAUAUGUACGCAGAUACAGAAAACGACGAUAUCGAUGAUUCGACUGAAGACACUGCGUUGCUCAAUGUACGGCGAGUUAAAGCCGGUAACACCGAAAUAAUUGUAACACCAAUUAGUCCUGUAAGCUCAUCACAUGAUUUGGCUCGUAUAGCUCACGAGUCACGCACAAAUGGAGGCAAAAACAGCGAGCAACGAAUGGAUCUGCUGAAGCCCGAAGCACAACGAACUUUGAAAUCUGAGGAUAUUUGAGAUUUAAUGAACAUUUUAGUCUUUAGUUUUCAAUUCUGUCCACAAUUAGCUUUACGUAUAACUUUUUUUUUCUUUCAACAGCAAAUUCAUUACAAUUUUGUUUUCUUUUUUAAUUAAUCGAGUUUCCAUGGAAGUUUCCAAUGUAAAAUUGAUUUAAAAAUUUAAAGAGGCUGACUUCAUAAGCCCAUGAUAAUUAAUGUACAUUUUUAUAAGUAAGAAAGAGAGUAAAAUGUAGUUGAUCAAUUUUAAAAAUCUCAAUUCGGAAGAGUAAAAUCGAUUGAUCAAUUGAUAUUGAGAAAAAAAUUCACAUAAUCUCAUUAGAGCCUUAAUGAAGCAUGAAAAACAAGAAGAAAUGACAAUUAGUUAUCUAGGAACCAUACCUAAUUAUUCUGAAAUUAAAACUUCAUUCUGAUAAUUUUUUAAAAAUUGAUUAAAGUUUUGUAGAUUAAUAAAUAUGAAUAGUUUGAUAUCUACCAGACGUUCUCAAACUUUUCUUUCGUUUCACAGCUUUUAAGUUUAAGAACUUUUUAAAUUUUUGACCCUUUAGAUAAUUUAUUUAGUUAUAUGAUUUUUGUUCUCGUCGUUUCUUGGAAAGAACGCUGAAGUAUCUGACAAGAACAAUUUUAUUUUCACGAUACAUCUGAUUUUAUUAUUUUAGCAUUAAGUUUUACAAAAAUUUUUGUGUUAUUAGUUAUUUUUCUAAACGAAUAUGAUUUGAAUAAAAACAUUUUUUUUCAAUUUA